UUGUAUUUUGUCCAGAGUACCAGACAAACUCUGAUUGAUGGAUCAUGAUUGAUGCGCCAUUUGAUAAAUUUACAAUUUCGUUUUGAAACACUAAAAUGAGUAGCAUUGCAUUAUACCUGUGUCACUCUAACAACGUUUCCAUUCAGGCAGUAAAUCACAGCUGUCAUUUGCGUUUUACAACUGUAUGUAUAUUAUUAACAUGUAAGAGACGUAUAUAUACAAGAGGCACACACUUGUGCAUGCAUCUAUUGUAAUAAUGUUAAUAAAACUCGUAUCCUUUAUAUUAUAGUAACACUAUUUGCGAAGUUGCAUCUGCAUGCCAUUCGGGGAAUAAAACUGGUGGGUCAUAAUUAAGGUAGCAAACUUCCUGGAGCUGCUGCCUGCAACAAAUACGGGGGGGGGGGAACAAAAGUAUAUAAUGUAAGAAGUCUCAGAGUCGUCAUUUCAAAGUUAUGUCCGCGAGUCAAAUCGAUUCUCUUGAGUUUUAAAUGUUGAGGAAAUCAAUCACCCAAUGUCUGGAGCCACUAGUACCGGUGGGGUGCACCUCAGUCUACCGCGGCGACGGGCUGGCAUACCAGGCCAGAAAGCGGCCUAGUGUCAUGUAUAGCUAGCUAACUUGCUGAAUGACUUUAGUCAACAAACGUCGUUGGCGUACAUGAUAUGGCAAUUGAAAAUGUAUGCAUUCAAAUUGUUCGCUAACUAGUUAGCCAAUCGUCGACUUUUUAGGUAACGUUAGUAAACUGCCUUAGCUAGUUUACUAGCUACAGUAGCUUGCUCAGUUAGCUACCAGCUGGCUGUGUAUGAUUGUACUGAGCUGGCUAUCUAGCCAGCUAACACGGUGUAUGAGCUCCAGUUUUUAAAGUUGAUUUAUUUCCGCGGUAGGUCCGCCAGUGUCUUGGCAAGUUAUGCCAUGCAAUAUUAUUUGUUUGUUUCUUCGAGUGCGCGUGUUAUGCAUGUUUUAGCUAUUUAUUUAUUUGAUUUUAGAACAUCUUGGUGUUAAUGAGUAACGUUAGUUAGCUAGUUAGCAAUGUCUUCCGCCGAUAUGCUCGAAACUCCACCUGGAUAUCCCUUUGAAGAAAUAGAUUAUGUGGAUAUUGAAGUUGAGGAGGUUGUGGGGAGAGGCGCUUUUGGUGUUGUCUGCAAGGCCAAAUGGAAAGGCAAAGACGUCGCAAUCAAGACAAUCGAGAGUGAAUCUGAAAGGAAAGCAUUCAUAGUUGAGCUGCGGCAACUUUCACGUGUGAAUCACCCCAACAUUGUGAAGCUGUAUGGCUCAUGCAAUAAUCCAGUCUGCCUGGUGAUGGAAUAUGCUGAAGGGGGGUCCCUGUACAAUGUUCUGCAUGGUGCUGAACCUCUCCCAUGUUACACUGCCUCCCAUGCCAUGAGCUGGUGUCUUCAGUGUUCCCAAGGGGUCGCCUAUCUCCAUGGCAUGAAACCAAAGGCUCUCAUUCACAGGGACCUCAAACCACCCAACCUGCUCCUUGUUGCCGGUGGCACGGUGCUGAAGAUAUGUGACUUUGGGACUGCGUGCGACAUUCAGACCCACAUGACCAACAACAAGGGAAGUGCAGCUUGGAUGGCACCUGAGGUGUUUGAAGGCAGCAAUUACAGUGAGAAGUGUGAUGUGUUCAGCUGGGGAAUCAUUCUCUGGGAGGUGAUCACGCGUCGGAAGCCCUUUGACGAGAUCGGUGGGCCGGCCUUCCGCAUCAUGUGGGCGGUGCACAACGGCACCCGGCCACCGCUUAUCAAGAGCCUUCCCAAGCCCAUUGAGAGCCUGAUGACCCGCUGCUGGUCCAAAGACCCCUCCCAGAGGCCCUCCAUGGAGGAGAUAGUCAAGAUCAUGACCCAUCUUAUGAGGUGCUUCCCAGGAUCUGAUGAACCCUUGCAAUACCCUUACCAGUAUUCAGAUGAAGGACAGAGUAACUCGGCCUCCAGCACAGGUUCCUAUGUGGAUUGCACUAGCAGCAAGAGUGACACAAACGUGGAGCAUGUGGACUCUCAGGGGAGCAACGACACAAUCAAGAUCAAACCUCAGUUUGCACAUCAGUUCAGGCCAAAGGGAGACCCAUUGCGGAGCCUGCCUCUGUCCAGAGGGGGCAGUGUUGAGAGCCUGUCGGGGCGAACCCACAGCCUGGUGGCCUCCGAGAGCAAAAGAAUGAGCGCAGACCUGUCAGAGCUGGAGCACAGGGUGCCUUUCGCUCCUGCAGCACGUCCCCAGUAUAAACGAGGCCACCGUAAAACGGCGUCAUUUGGCACCAUUCUGGACGUUCCCAAGAUCGUCUUCACAGCCUCCUGUGAGGCUCAGAGGCGUAGAUCUGUACAGGACCUCCCGGGGAUCGGCACAGAGUCCAGCCAGGGGAGUAGGAACAGCAGCAGGUCCUCCAGUCCCAGUGUGAGGAUGGUGCCGCCUGAUAAGACCAGCAGCCGAGGGUACAGCUUCUCUCCCGAUGACCCCACAGAUACCAACGGCUCAGACAACUCCAUUCCCAUGGCAUAUCUCACUCUGGACCACCAGCUGCAGCCCCUCGCUCCUUGCCCAAACUCCAAAGAGUCCAUGGCCAUGUUUGAGCAGCACUGUAAAAUGGCCCAGGACUACCUGAAAGUGCAGACAGAGAUCGCCUUACUGAUCCAGAGAAGGAACGCAUCCAUGGAUGGAGCUAGGCCCACCCACUGGGGGAGCCUGGCCCAGCCAAUCAGAAUAAGAAAAAAUCAACGAUCCCGCAGGAAAGAGUUGAUCGCUGAACUGGACCGAGACGAGAAGGACCAGCAGAACACGUCCCGCCUGGUCCAGGAGCACAAGAAGCUACUGGAGGAGAACAAGUCUCUGUCCACCUACUACCAGAAGUGCAAAAAGCAGCUGGAACUGAUCCGUGCUCAGCAACAGAAGAGACAGGGCACCUCGUGAUGGGCCACAAGCUGGCCGCCACCUGGCUCGUGCUGCAGAGACACACAAACAAACUGUUCCCAUGUCAUAUCCCCUGUUCUACUCCCCUGCCUCUGCUCUUUCCUGGGUCACCUGUAGUCUAGUCUGAAACCCAGACCCUACCUGCAAAAUAAUUGACACUAUCUCUCUCCUCCUCCUCCUCCCUCUGCCCCAUGACAACUAUGAUCUCAACCUAGGUGCCCACGCCUUCACCCUGUAGGUUCCAGUGAGUGGAUCUCGUUUUACCUUGUACUGUAAAGAGACCUGUGUUUUACUGUGUACCUGCAUGUUGCGUUAUUGACACACCCUGCUGAUAACAUGGAACGGAAUAUUAGAUGUGCACUCAAUCAAGCUGUUAUGGAAUAUCUCUUGCACAUCUUUACAGUAUAUUCUUUGAUAGCAGGCCAAAACAAUCAGCAUGCAUCUGCUCUCUCUGCCCAUAAAGAGCUGGAGUCCUAAAUUGCCUGCUCUGGGUUCAGUGAACACACGGGACCGAGCGAUGGGCUUCUAGGCCUCGAUUGUCAGCCAUCCUUUUAGUCAGGAUGCGAUGCUUCUUGAGGUGUGUGAGCAUAGUACAGUAACUGCUGCUGCUUCUUGAAGUAUGUGAGUACAGUAACUGCUGAGCCUGAUUGGAGAGGGAGGCCAGUGAGGGGUGUGAAAUAUGUUUGUCUCUAUUGCUCUCAGGGCCCCUCGGACCCCUCCCCUGGGUUGCCUGGUCAGUGUGUGUGUCCACCCCUCCUCCCACAGUCCAGUCCUCCCAUUGGUUAGUUUUACCCUGACCUGUCCUCCUAACUGGCCAAUGGCCAUGUGUCCUUGAGAAUGUGAAAAACACAGACGGUCUAGACAAAAAGUGUGAAUUAUGUGCAGAAGUUGGUGUUUUAAUGAAUUAUGACCAGAAUCUAUUUGACUAAUCUUUGAUCUCUAAGUGUUGUUUUGUUACUCUUUUAAUGCAAAAAUAGGUGAGCACAACCCCUUAUAAAAGAAAUCCACCACAACCUAUCUGAAAGUAUUUAAUGUAUGUUCUAUUUAUUUUACCGGGGGAUGUAUUUUAGAUAUGCCUUGCACAUCCAUGAUGUCUUUGAUAAAAAAGGAAGGACUUGGCUUGUCACACGUACCUGGAUAGAAACAUGGGUCGGGCCUCAAACAGAGAUUAAAUAUAGUCUGUUUUCAACAACCACAAAAAACACAAGCAAAGACGACAGACUUCUUUUCUCAACCUGUUUAAUUGAAAUAAACUAUGUACGAGGUUCAAAGUGCAACAUCUUUAUCAUGACUUAAUUUAGUUUCCUUUUGUUUUUUUCCUAUCCAUUUUGGUGUUAGAGAUUAUACUUUUAUCUGGUAUGGGAAUGCAGAGAUGUACAAGAGGCCUAUCCCUCGCCUAUAUGUUUUUAGUUCACAUGUUGCCUUAGAAUUUGAUUGCUAGAUUUUAAAGUAUUUGACUUGUUUUUCGUUCCUUACUUGCGCCUCAUUUGAAUGUAAUGGACAGUCAGUCAGUGAGAAUGAGACUUUUGUUUUGAGGGAGAAUUGUAUAUU